ACACACACACACACACACACACGUAUUCCCGGAAGUGGAAGGCUAUCACCUUAUCAAUGAGUUCAAGCUAACCACAAAGUCUUUCAUUGACGACGCGCCACGAAACCACCAUGCUCAAAAAUUCAGUGAUUUCACACCGGAGCUGAAUUGUUGGACGGCAUGCAUUUAUCAAGAGUUACAGCCUUUUUAUUCUUUUUUUAUUUUUCCCUUGCGGUUUCAGGGUUACAGAAGCUGAAACUAACCCCAGACCGAGGCACCACCCUCAACAUCAGCAACCAGGUCAAAGGCUCAGCGUGCAAAGUAUGCUCAGGGCAAAGGCGUCGGUGUGACACAUCUUUGGUAUUAAAAGAUAACACCCCAGUCGAGGUGGAAUUUGAUUGCCGCCAACCAGAAGAUGUGUUCAUAGUGGAGAUCAUAAGAAAUAUAGAAUGCACCACAAAGUCAUGCGGCGGUGACAUCAUUCAAGCCGACUCAGGCUUGCAUGCAUUGCUGGAUUUCCACCGCACCUUCACUUGGAACUUGAAAGUCUCACUACCGAAAGCAGUCCAAGUGGACUUCACUAAAGUGGGUCUGAGACAAAUGAGUCCAUCUGCGAACUGUCCAGACAGACACGCUUACACACUGAAGGCCUUCCAGGCAACAGGGACCGUGGUCAUCGGAAAAUACUGCAGAGCAGGCCCUAUAAGUGGUGCUCAGAUACUGAAUAAAGGUAGCUUUUCUUUGGAUGCUCCACCAGGACUGAAGGUGCAAAGUGACCAAUUUGGUGUGUCCGUUGGGGAGGAAAUUAAAUCCUUUGCCAAAAUCACGGUAUCUUUGCCACACCAAAGCUCUUCCUUAGAGUUGCUGUCUCCAAACUUCCCGGAGAGCUUCCCCGAUGACGACAUAAUGGAGUGGUACUUUCACAUGGACGCGAAACACAAGGCAACCGUCGAGUUCCAGGACCUCACACAGCCUCGUUGUCUUAAGAAGCAAACUGCGGCAGAGUACCACAGCCAAGGCAGAGCUGCGGUGGUGCAGGGUCUGACGGACACCCAGCCCGUCCAGAAUCGGGGGGAUUUCUCUUUGACUCUGAGGAACUGCGAGAUGGACAGAAGACGAGCUGAUUCUCCUGGACUCGCCGUGAAAAUCAAGGUGUCAGCUUCAAGGGCGAGUUCACCAGUGUUGUGUGGUGUGGACCUGAGGAAAAUCAAGGUCCUUUCUCUUCACUUGGAGAGGCUGAGGAAAGCCUCUGAAUGUGAGAUGAAGAUGAACUCCGUAACCAUGGAGAAGAUCACAGUCCCGUCCGGAAGCGUUACUCAGCUGUCUUUCCAGGACUGCCUUCCCGAUGACGUCUUAGUCACCGCCAGCGGAGUCAUAGGUUGUACUCACAUUAAAGACUGCCCGAAGCUUCCAGUUCCUCUUUCGGUGCCUUUGCUGCCAAGCUGCCUCCCGGUCCCUCUCAGUGCUGUGACCUGGGCCCUCCGUCCUCCCGUACACGGUACCGUCGAGCUGACCUCUUCAAUCGGAGCCCUCCAGCAGCACCUGCCGAGGAAGCCGUGCAACGACAGCAUCAUCACAGUGUCGGAGGACGAUGGCACUACUGUGGGCCACUUCUGCCCUCAGGGGGCCAUUCAGAAGGUCCAAAUCCACACCAACGUAUCUGUCACCGUGACCAGAAGGGGCGGCCAAGCACUGAGACCUGCUCUGAAGCCUUUGUUGACAGCCUGUAUGAAAGAGGAGAUAGCAGAAAGAUACAUCUUCACUGUAUCCCCCAAAAGAGACAAGCCCGUCCUCUUGGCGACACCUGGUUGGCCGGAGGGGAUGGAGUCCUACGCCACCGUCUCCUGGAUCGUAUCACUUCCCGCCAAGAUGGAGGCGCACCUGAUGUUUGUCAACCUCAGUCAGCCCAAGUGUGCCAACCGCCACACCAACAUCCGGGUGCAGAGGAUCGGUAGUCUGGAGGAGGACUACAGCCGCAGGGAGGACGAGGAGCUCGAGGAGACCAGCGUCGCCGAGAACUUCUACCUCAAUAUGUCCAACUGUAUGCCUGAGACGGGACACUUCAAGGUCAUCACGGAGAUUAUCCUGCAGAAGAGCACAAACAAGAUGUUGGUUACCAUUGUGAGUGUGGUCGCUGCUCUGGUGCUGCUGUUUCUUCUCGUGUUGGUGGUGGUCUGUUUUGUAAUUAAGAAAAAGAAAAAGAAGCUUGAACACGAGGUGUCCAUCUACAAUCCCAAUGGCACUGACUUCCUAGCGGCACACAACGGCUUCCCAAAAUCACGUGAGGACAACGAGUCCCACGUCUACGCCUCCAUUGAGGACACGCUGGUUUACACCCACCUACUCAGAAAGGGGGAAGAGAUGGGCGUCUACACAGAGUCGGAUACCUACCAGCCCUUCCCGGGGCAAACAUAUCCCCAGAGGCCACUGGCGUCUAAAGACGGCAACAACAUGGAGGUGGCAGUGUACCAGGAGUAUCCUCUGUCAAACCAAGAAGCUCCCCCGCUUCCCAACAGACCCCCGAGUCACAACCAAGCCCUUGUAGACAAUGUGAUUUACCAGUCCCAGCCCUCAAUGGAGGAGCGUUCAGCUAAAAUGGGGCCACGGCUGGAGCCGGAGGGGGGCGACUGAUUGGACGCGGCUUUCCUGAUUCCUUUAGGAGAUCUUUGUUCCUGGGUGUGUGAGCGCCUGCGGUUGACCCUCACAAGAUGUCUUAUUUUUGCCCUGCUGACACACAAAAUACACGUUUAGACCUGCCUGUGGUUGGUCACAUGGAUGGUGGAGCUUCUUCUACCAUUUUUGACCAAUGAAAAAACAGUGACUAUUUUUCAAUUGGGAGAUUUGUAUUUUUGUACAGAUGGAGAGUAUUUUAUGCAUUUUUUUGCCAAUAAAGUGAUGAAAAGAGAUCCUUUAGUACAGUGUUGGACGUCCAUCCGACACACAGUUAGAUAACUAGAAACUGUAUUUACUGGAGAGGAUUACAGCAUAAAACUGUGCGGGUAUUCCACCCACAAUGAAGACU